AUGUCCUGUGUGCUCGUUUGGCGAUGUUUCAGGCGCCGGUGUGAUCAUGGUCGUCUGAUGAACUGUGGCUUCCCUAUCCUUCCUUCAUCACAUUUCAUCACUGAAAAUAUCGAUCUCUUCCUCUCUCCAACUGCCACGUUUACUUUUGGCAAACUUGCCAAACAGUACGGUCCCGUUUUUGGUGUCAUGCAAGGCGGACUUCCGACGGUGGUAACUAGCGACGUCGACGUUAUUCGAAACAUUUCGCAGAAGCACUUCAGCUCCUUUCAUGCGAAAAUUCCAAUACCGUUGGAUCCAGACCCAGUAGUGGAUGAAAACGUGCACAUGUUCGCAUCCAGAGGUGUUCGAUGGAAGCGGUUGCGAUACAUUACUAGUCAAGCAAUGUCCGUCAAGAAUAUGAAGAAGAUCUUCCCCAUGAUAGCGGAAUCCGUAAACAGCUUUAUGACACUUUUAAAAAGUAUUACACUUGAAGCGCCUGUCGAGGUUCACAAGCUGUUUCAAAACCAUACAUCGGAUGUUUUGGCUCGUUGUGCAUUUGGUCAAUCUCAGUCGUUCCAUCAUGAUAAUUUGUACCAUAAAAUUUUCUCUCAAGCUUUUGGAAACGAAUUUGGAAGUUCAACCUGUAUAUUGCGAGAAACUCCACCACUGUUGAUAUUCUCAAAUCAUUUGGCAACACUACGAUUUGGCCGGCGUCCACAAGAGGAGAACUAUGAUUUUUUGCAAUUCUUCAAAGAUGCCGAAGACAAAUCAUUUAAUGGCUUUCUCAGUGAAAAAGCCAACGGAAAAAUUGAUUUUAGUUCAGUCCAGUUCAACAAGUCCAUGGCACCUGGUGAAACAGUCGCCCAAUGUCGUUUUAUUGCUAUCGCUGGAUUCGAUACUACAGCCAACAGUCUAGCAUUAGCUUGCGACCUAUUAGCCAGACAUAACACAGAACAGGUAGAAAAAUUCUAUCUUCACAAAUGCAUUUUCGAAACUCUGCGCCUAUAUCCACAUGCAUCGCCGCUUCAACACCGCCUUUGCAUGGAAGACUGCCAAAUUGGGCCUUACAUCUUCCGAAAAGGUGUAUGUGUUGUGAUUGAUACAUGGACAGUGCAUCACAAUCCCAAGAUAUGGGGAAAUGACGUUGAGGAAUUUCGUCCCGAACGUUUUCAAUCACCAACAAUUGAACAACUUCAUGCCUUUAUGCCAUUUGGAGUGGGUCCACGUCAAUGCGUUGGAAUGCGUUUUGCUCUCUUAGAAAUGAAGCUUACUCUUUCAAUGAUUUUAUCGAAGUAUCGCCUGCGGAAAGAAGAUCAAAACAAAAAGGUGGGACUUCGUGGAAAAUCAACUCGACCAACCUUCAGCGGCAUUCAUAGCAAAAAGAAAAUCCUCAAGCUACAGACGAAUCUACACGCAAAAAACUGA